ACGGACGUCUACUUUGACAGUGCGCACUCUGAUCGACCACAAAGCUGCUGAGAUCAUUAGUCCCAGCUCACGAUGUCCGACGCUGCCUCUUUGAAAGACGUGGAAUGGCUCUUUUUCGACGUGUUCGGGACCGUCGCGGAUUGGAAGAGUCACAUCUCUGCAAGUCUAUGUAGGAUCUCGAAAACGGUCGAACCUGAAGCCUACGAGGCCCAUCUGAAGCCGGACGAUGCGUUCUGGCAGGGUCGCGCUCAGGAAUGGAGGACCCGGUUCAUGAAGCACAUUAGGACCAAGUUGGGGAACAGGGAACCAGGCGGUAUGGAUGAGGUCCACGGACUUCUGUUGGAUGAGCUCGUCAAAGAGUGGGGUGUCGAGGACAAGUGGACGAAAGAGGCUCGGCUCGAAGCCGUCAGGGAAUGGCACGCUCUGCCAGGCUGGGCGGACUCGACGGACGGCUUGAAGCGGUUGAACAAAAAGUUCAUCCUGUCAACUUUGACGAACGGUGAUACUGCCGUCAUGAUCAAGAUGUGUCGACGAUCCCAGUUGACGGUCGACAACCAUAUCACCGGAGACACCAUCGGGACUUACAAGCCCGACAAGGCUAUGUACCUGCAAGCCAUUCGAUUGUCUCGACUGGACGCUAGUAAGGUGGCCAUGGUAGCGGCGCACGCCUACGAUCUCGACGCAGCCAAGUCUCACGGUAUGCGUACAAUCUAUAUCAAGAGACCCACCGAGGAUGCCUCCGAUCCGAUCACGGAAGAGAGCGCCAAGGGAAGAUUCGACAUGUUUAUCGAUAUCGGCGGACAAGAGAAGGGGGGUUUGGUAGCGCUUGCUGAAAAGUUUGGAUUGUAAGCGAGAAAGCAAAUGACAAGAGAGACUGCAUUCCGAUGUGGUUAUAGAGAUCAGGCGG